GAUGGAAGUUGUUGAAGCAAUUAAAGGAAUGGUCGAGUCUGCAUAUUUCGAUUUCUCUCCAACGCAGAUGUCUCUGAAUGCCAUUGAUUCGAAUGGUGUGAUAGUGAAUCUCGUGCUCAGGUCGAACAACUUCAAUUCCUACGAAUGUCCAUUCGAACAAACCAUGGGAAUCGACCUCGAUCGCAUGUACAAUGUUUUUCAGUUAUGUGGACACGAUGAUAGUUUGACCCUUGAGUCUGUCAGGGACUACGCUGUCAAGUUAAUCUUUACCAGUCCUGGUAUGCUCUCUCUCUCUCUCUCUAGAUCUCUCUCUCUCAUCAUCGGGUUUUAUGUUGAAUUGGCUUGUUUUAUUUUGUCGCAGAUAGAGAUACAAUUGCUACUAUUGAGUUGAAUCUUGUUUCGGAUUUUCUUUGGACUGAUUUCGUGAUAAAAGAUACUGAGCCUUAUGCUGUUGUCCGAAUGCCAUCUUCGGGGCUUGAAAGCAUGUGCAAGAUGCUUAUCGUUGCUUCUGACACAAUUAUUAUCUCGGUUACAAAGGAACAAGUGAAGUUCUCGAUAAUAUGUGAUACUGGAGCUAUAGACUAUACUUUCGUGCAAAGAACAGUCCCUGCCGACAAGCCAGAAGAUGAGACAGUGAUACAAAUGCAUGAGACAAUGGAGCCAGUGAGUAUGAUGGUUGAUCUUGAGUACUUGAAGGUAUUCACAAAGGCAACUCUUUUGUCAAAAACAGUUACCCUAAAGUUUUGUCCUGACGAUAAUUUGGUUGUUGUAUACCAAAUUCCAAGAUUUGGCUUUUUAAAGUUCUGCAUGCCAAAAGAGUAAUCAAAUUAUUUAUUUAUUGAGAUGUUGGAUUAUUUUGUACUAGUUCAAAGGAUAAUUACAAUUUUGCUCCCUAUAUUGAUUAA